AUGGCGCUCACAGUUGGUCAGGCUAUCGGUGUCGGGGUCGCUGUCGGCUUCGCUAGCUCCCUGAUCCUCAUAGCCGUGAUAUUGGGCAUAUCUCGAAUCAUAUCCGCCUACUAUGUGCCUCCUAACCGCGUCAUCGCCAUGCAGCCCCAGUACUCGCCUGCCGUGCUGGUUCCGCCGCCAGAUGCGAUCGAGGAAAUCAACAUUGGUGUGCAUGAGUUAUCGGCCCCCUGCGAACUCAAAGAGGCUGAAAAUCUUGCUUUCCAUCUCGAGGGCUUCGCCAAGUUUUUUUUCGGCUCCAGGUUCCAGCGGAAGCCAGAUGUCCCAGAGUCUCUUUUCGACGAAUCUGAGCUCGUUCGUCUAGCUGGGGAGCCUAUCAACGGUGGGACCUGGUCCCAAUCUAUCAGCAACGUUUCCACGCGAGUCCCAGCCAUUAGGUGCUUCCUCGCACAAGUCCUCCUCAAGCGGAUGCAGCCUACCUGCCCUGUUGAUGACUGCCUUCUUCCUCCCGAGAUCUCUAGCUGCUACCAGCUUGUGUGCCGAGUCUACGAUAUUCCGAGACGGAUGAAGCCCAUCGCUGCUUGGCGAGAAAGCAUACUUAUGCUCCAGGACUACCCCCGGUCCCUUUCGCCAGUCGCAUGCAGGCCUUUCGAAGAGGGCGACCCCAGGAGGGAAAGAAUGCAGGCCAUGGCUCCGGUUAUCAUCAGUGUCUUGCAGCCAGAGGCGCUUAGAACGGACCAUCCACGAGAUGGUCGAUUCGAGAAGCUUCUGGUAAACGUCCUUGAGAGGGCUGCCAACUCUGCAAUCGUUCUUCUGGGUCAACCCACAGAGUGGGAGGCAGUGUGGUCUUCAACCAAAACGGGGUUUAUCGUUCACCCCGGGCUGAGGUUUGUCUGGCAGGGCAAGACCAAAUAUUCGAGGCCGGCCGUGGUGGAUGAUGAACUUGCCUGGCCAAUACGCCCUGGCGACAAGGGCCAGCCGAACAGUCAAUCUGAAGAGCAGCCAAAGUCCGACCCUGCUCAAGCGCCCAUCCAUGAUUCAUUGCAGCUGUGUGGGCCAAAGACUGCUGAGCUCAGUACCGCUGCGUACAGCACCACUGAUUAUUGA